AUGGCUCCUAAGAUUGCUAUCGUCUACUACUCCAUGUACGGCCACAUCCGGCAGCUCGCCGAGGCCGAGAAGAAGGGUGCCGAGGCCGCCGGCGCUCAGGUCGACAUCUACCAGAUUGCCGAGACCCUCCCCCAGGAGGUCCUCGACAAGAUGUACGCUCCCGCCAAGCCCACCGACAUCCCCGUCCUUGAGGACCCCAACGUCCUCACCCAGUACGACGGCUUCCUGUUUGGCAUUCCCACCCGUUACGGCAACUUCCCCGCCCAGUGGAAGGCUUUCUGGGACAAGACCGGUGGCAUCUGGGCUUCCGGCGGCUACUGGGGCAAGAAGGCCGGCCUCUUCAUCUCCACCGGUACCCCCGGCGGUGGUCAGGAGUCUACCGCCAUCUCUGCCAUGUCCACCCUCGCUCACCACGGCAUCAUCUACGUUCCUCUUGGUUACGCCAAGACCUUCCCCGAUGUCACCAACCUCGAGGAGGUCCACGGCGGCUCCCCCUGGGGCGCCGGCACCUUUGCCGGCCCCACUGGUGCCCGCCAGCCCUCCGAGCUUGAGCUCCGAAUCGCCACCACCCAGGGCCAGGCCUUUGCUGAGUCUCUCGGCAACUGA